GCUCUCACUGGAUCUCAUCAACCAAACAAGUAGCCAAAGUAAAUCAGUAUCAAGUAGCCUACCUCUAACAUUUUAAAUGUGAGCUUGUAAAUUUGGUCUGUACACUAACGCAUUCCAUGAAUCGUUAGUGGUUGCCGCGGCCUGUAUUUGUUGUUAUCCAAACUAGCUAGAACAACACUCCAAUCCAACCCGUUUGUGUAGCUAGCCAACUAAAUUCAGUGAGAGUUGAAGUGUGUCUUUUAUUUUAUAUUUAGUCAUCUAUCAUUGCAUUGUGAGUAAAAUGUCUAGCGAGGAAUAAGCUAGCUGGCGACUAGCUAGGUAGUUAGCUAGAUAAAUUAUCUUGACCACAACCGUUGCUAAACUAAUUGGCUACCGGUUUGUGUUAAUCCCUGUUGAACGGGGUGAGUUGUUAGCUAUUUUAGCUACAUAUAUAUUUUUAUAACUAUCCCACGAUCAAGGUUAGUGAAAAUCCCCCAGAACUUGUUGAGGUCUCCUCUUUUAGAUCCACCUCUAGCCGACCAUGUCUGAGCCGGGAUCUGGCUUUGGUGAUCCGGCCCAGAGAAGCUCCCAACAGGGUCCAGAGGUGGUGUCAGUGAAGCUGGAGGACUGCAGUCAAACACUGGAACUCAAUGUGAUUGUGAAAGAGGAGGAGGAGAGAGAAAUCAAGGAGGAAGAAACCAGUGACUCCGGAAAGAGCUCCAACCCAGACUCAGACAGCAAGCCCAGUCCCACAGCAUCAGGAAACCGCAGACAGAAGCCCCAACCCUGCUGUAGCGACAGUUUUAUUUAUCCAACUCGCCACAAAUCACUCAAACAGACUCCCAAAAUAAAGAAGACUUACCUUUGCCGUCAAUGUGGGAAGAGUUUUCAGACACCAAGCAAGCUAAAGGCUCACCAGAGAAUGCACAUUGGAGAGAAUCCUUACCCCUGCUCCCAGUGUGAGAAGAGCUUCAAUCAUUCAGGAAGACUUAAGGACCAUCAAAGAGUACAUACUGGGGAGAAGCCUUACCACUGCUCUCUUUGUGGGAAGAGUUUCAGUCAGUUAGGAAACCUGAAGACUCAUCAGAAAAAUCACAAGCCUUACCACUGCUCACAAUGUGGGAAGAGUUUCAGUGAGAAAGUAAAACUUACGGGACAUGAGAGAGUACAUAGUGGAGAGAAGCCUUACCACUGUACCCAAUGUGGGAAAAGCUUCAAUUAUUAUUCAGUACUUAAGGAACAUCAAAGAGUACAUACAGGGGAGAAGCCUUACCACUGCACACUUUGUGGGAAGAGUUUCAGUUGGGCAACAAACAUAAGGAAUCAUCAGUUAAGACACAUUGGAGAGAAAUCUACAUGUACUCCGAAUGUGAUUGUCAAAGAGGAGGAGGGCGAACAGAGACACAUUAAGGCAGAAGAGCGAGAAGUUGAGGUAGAGGAGAGAGAGGUGAAGGAGCUAACUCCAUAGGAAUUGCAUUGCACGGGGGGGGGGGGGGGGGGGGGGGGGGACAAUGGAUGGGGGCGGAACACGAAGUGCAGCUGGAUAUAUACGACACAGUCCCUUUCAAAAACAAAACAUAUUUGGUUGGUAGAGACAAUUAAUUAUUUUCAACCUACUUUAACUGAGGAGACAGGUCCCACAGACAGGGUCUACAGACAGGUAGCCCAAUAUUUUCAACAUUGUAUUUUUCAAUAUUGGUCCUAAAAAGUUGUCUUUGAAGCAAUGUUUUUUUCUCCAUAAGUAACUUAUUGCAUUUUCUUAUUAGCACAAUAAAGGUGGCCAUUGAUUAAAAUUGAAUAUUUUGAAUCAGUUAUUGAUGUUGAAAUGCAGGCUUUUAUGUUGAAGUUUUUUUUAUAUAGACAUUUUUUAUUUUCUUUUUUUGUGAAAUAAGGUGUCAAGAAUGUGUAUUUUAAUUGACCUGCCUGAUAAAGUUAAGGUAAAUAAACUCAUUAUAUGAGAGUGAUGUCAGUGUUUGUGCU